AUGGUGGAUAAUGAAUACCAUGAUGUCCAUGACACAUCUCACGGAGUAAAUCCAUUGGACUGCAUAGGAAAAAGGGCAGCUAAUUGGAAUUCCCGGGGGGACUUGAAAACGAAAAGCGACGCUACCCAUGGUAGCAGCAGGAGACACACAGUCGAAAUGAAAGGAACCACGUCGAGAAGCGAAAGCAUUAACUUGUACAAUAACAUAACCGAUAGCCUAUCCAAAUUAAAAACGAUAAUAAAAUAUGACCAGGAGCACGAUGUGGAUAAGGGAGGGGGAGAGACGCAACAGGGAAAAGCACAUGAAAUAGAUCACUGCAAACUGGCUACGGACGGGCCUAAUGAUGCAGCUAAAUACCCUUUCAUGGGUGGGUCUGAGACUGCGGAUGGGGGUCCAACCCACAGGCAGAGGGAUGAGAGGAAAACGCAAAGAACGAAGAACAAUGAGAGGGAACUUUUGAAGAGUAUAGCCAAGGCAAAUUCGUUAAGAAAAAUAGAAAAAAAUAUAAGUCUUUUGUUAAGGUCGGAUGACGAAGAGGAGGAGGUGGAGGAAGAAAAGGAGGACCAGCACCUGAAAGACAUGAAACAUUUGAAGCAGCCUCAACAGCAUUAUGACGAAAGUGAUGGGUGCGUGGCAGUGGCACAUGGUAGUGUGUUCACACCGGGGCGCUAUUACCACCAAAGGGAAGGCUAUUUGCCCAACCAACCCUACCCCUCCAGUGUGCAUACCGAUGGUCACAUCAAAAACAAGAAUUGUGACGAAGCAGUUGAAAUGGACAGAGACGUCAAUUAUAGAGUCCAUGCUAAUUAUAAUAUGGGAGGAAACCUGGACAGUCUAGAGAGAAUUCCUCAUUUUAGCAGAACAGGGAGUAGGGACAAAAUAGGUCAUGCGAAGCACCUGAUCCAGAGCGGGUACGGCGAUAUGGUCGAUACAGAUAUGGCCAUCUAUGCGAAUGGUCCUGUGGGGAAGAACCAAUUCGAUUUGUCAUUCAUAUCAACGGAGGACCUUAAGAAGGAAUUUAGCUUUUACUCCCUGAGCGAAAAGAACAGCGUGCACAAGUUUUCCCUCCAGAAUAACGAUAUGCUUGAUCUCAGCCAAGUUUCGAAUUUUUCAAAUUUUUCGAAUGGGUUGCGAGGAUCCAGCCGGUCCAAUUUCGCCAAGGGGUCAAAGCCGAAAGAGGCAACUAUGAGCGAUAGCAAUACGUCAAUCAGCUCGUUCACCUUCAAUGGGAAUUCCAGCAACUUGAUAGGAAGGGACCUGGCAGAAGAAGAUGAAUCUGACCGGCGUGAUGAUCAUGGCGAACAUGGAAUCAAUCGAGCCAUUAACCUGAAUAAUGAUCACUGUGCAAGGGUUCAUGAUAGAGUAUUUUCCACCGCAGCAAACUGCAUGGAGAAUAAAGGAUUGAAGGGAACAAAAAAAUCAGACAUGUACAUAGCGAUGGAUAAUACUAGCAGUAAUAGUGGAACGUACUACGAGAACAGCCUCAAAAGUAAUAGAAGCAAUUUGGGUACUAGUCGGCAGAACACCUUAGAUGAAAGUCAUAGGACUUAUUUAGGGAGUGGAGAUUAUUUUGAUCCCAGUUUAAGUCAUACUAAGGUGGAUAAAAAUGCCGUCCCUGGUCAUGUAAUUUUUCACACGAAAAAUAAUGAACUGAAUGAAGCACUACAUAAUUUAAAUGUUAAAAAGAAAAAUUCGAAUGGUAAUUCCAGUUGGGUAAAAAGUGGUGAAGCGGCUCCCUUAAAAAGCAGUGGCGUAUUUGUAAACAAAAAUUACCUAAAUAUAAGCAGCAGUAACGACCGUGUAGAUCUGGCCCGUUCACAGAUGAGCGUAACAGAGAAGGGAAUGACGAUUGAUCACAUGAGGGAUGGAGGGAGAGAAAAGAGAAAGGAAAGCGUGCACGUUGGGUCAAAUAUCGAUUUUGAUAAUAAUAUUUUUAAGAAUUACAACAAGGAAAAGAAAUUAGAAGAAGGUAGUAAAAAAUGUGGAAGUGAUGUGGAAGGACUAUUAGGGUCCGAGGAAGGGAUGAGCCAAGUACUCACACACGCUGCUUCAUCUAGUAAAGCCGCACUGAAGGAUGAGGUGGAUUGUACUCUGCCCAUUAGUGAAGACGAUAUGGAUAGGAAGAAUAUUAACGAAAUUUAUAAAAAAAUAAACUCCAUUUCGAUGCUGAAUGAUCUUAGUUUGAAUAAAUUGGAGAGCCUCAAUAGCAGCAUUAUGGACAUAUAUACAAAAAAUAAUGAUGAGGGAAAAUUCCUGGAUGAUGUAAUUUUGGAUGAUAGUAUUUUUAUUAAGUCUAACAGUGUCUACCGAGAGGAAGACAGUCCCCAUAUCGCUACCCUUCACGGGGACAUCCCCCCCGAUGAUUAUAGAAAGAGGUUCUCCUUUUCGUCCGACCCAGAUGCGGCGGAUAGCCUUUUUAAAAUUUCACUUAGUUGUAACGAGGUGGUUCUGCCCACCGGUGAAACUGGGUCCACGCAUAACAAUCGCCCAGACGCCGAAAAGGCGAAAAAGGAACAGCAACAAACUUCAAUAUCUGGACCUACACCAAGUAGCCAAUCCCAACUUGAAGCUACUCAUUGUGAGAUUAAGCAACGUGCGGAAUUGAGAGAACCUUCUACAUUUAAGGAAACCACAAAGGAGGAUUUUGAACGGAGGACCAACUCAAUCAACCAGUUGAAGGACAAGUAUAGCAAAAGGAAGGACGAGACGAUGGAAAAGGAUACGAAGUUAUGCGAAUUGCCUUCCCAGUUAGAUAAAAAUAUGUUGCUGAAAAAUACGUUGACAUUGCAGCGGAGUUAUAACAAUAUGGAGUGGAGGAAAGCCAAGACAGUCACCUUGGACCAAUUCGCAACCCCUUCCAGUGACCUGCUACCAAAUGAGAAUGAUCAGAUGGCGAAAGGUAGCAUCUCCCGAUCAUCUGUCAACAAAACGGACAAUAUAAAUCGUUUUUCAAAUCAGGACAUGUAUGUACAUGAGGAUAAAUUAUCUAGACACGAGUUGGACAAUUUACCAAACGUAUUUUUAAGCAAAAACGUAUUUGCAAAAAACUCAGACUUGGUGAGUAAACCCUCAGGUAUGAACACCACAUUGGGCAAGGGAUAUGAGGAUGCACUUCCAUCACGAGAAUACGACAUAAGAAGUGAAGCCAACAAUUUUUCAAUUAGUAAUUAUUCUUCCCUCACAGGGAAGGGAAAAAGGAAUGGGGACCAGAUCAACCAAGCCAAUUCCUUCUCAUCCGCGUUUCUGCAUGAUGAUAAGGCCAGCAAUGGGGACCCAUCUCAUUCUUACCGCGGCGGCACCAGCGGAGGGAUGAGGCGCAAGAGAAGUAUCAGUGACUGCGAGGGGGAAAGCGCAAACGUGUAUAAUGAUAGUAGUGUGGAGAGGAUCCAGUGUGACAAUGCAAAUGGGCCGGUAGACAGUUCUGCGUAUGAUGUGCAGGAGGUGAAAUGGACUAGCGGCGGUGCCGGUUCUGGGGCUGACGGUACUGUUGGUUGUACUGAUGGUGAGUGUACCGGGGGUCGACAUAACGUGUUCAUCGGUGCAAGCAGAAGUAGCAUGCGAGGCAGCUUGCGAAGCAGGGGCAAAAUGGAAUGGAACAUAUUGGACGAGGCGAAUGGGAGCAAGACAAAAGAGAGGAGGGGCUCCAGCGAAGAGUCGAUCGGUGUGCCAAAUGACUUGGGCAUAUCGAAAAGGGCAAGUCAUGGGGGAGUUAACAACGUUAGUAAUGCAUACCCAGAUGAAGAAAUAUCUACCUGCGCCGAAGAAGGUGCCCGUUUUACCCCACACACAAAUGAAGACACCAAUCACAUGCGUAACAACCUCUCCUAUGAUGCAGCUCUCAUAAAUGGAAAUCUGGAACAAAGUCAAAAUGGGAAGAACCCACGUUUUUUAAGACAAAUAAACAGAGAGAGUGAUUCUGAAAAAUUGUCAUCUCUGGUGACGUGCACUGGGAAAGAGGUACAACUGAAUGAAAGUAAAUUAUGUGCACUUCAUAAGAAGAGCACUCUGGAGGAGGGGAAAGCACCGUCGAUGGUGAACAAUAAAAGUAUAGAAGGAAUAAAUUACGCAUCUCAAUGCUCCAAGGAGGAUGAAAUUAAGCACAGCGGGAUGACGAGCUUGCCAGAUAUACUCCACUUUGGUGAGAACAACAACUCCUCCAUUUUUUUUUUUGACAAUAUACAUAACUCAUCCGAGUAUGACUGCAUUCCUAAACCGUUGCACAGUUCCUACUUCGAAAAUAAGCGUAAGGUUUCUCGGGAUGAAGGGGAAGUAAUUGAAGAAGGCAAAACGACAUGUCAAUCGAAUGGAAACGCUUUUGAGAGGAUCACCAAGAGGAAUGUUUCGCGGACGUUGCCUCCAUCGGAAGUGAAUCCCCUUAUCGCGCAAUCCAGCAUGAAUGAAAGCGCGCGCUACCCAAGUGGGGAAAAUGAAAAACAUUUUGAACAGGACAUAAUGCGCCAGGGAAAAGCACAAAGACAGGUCAGCAAGGAAGGGGUACCUGCCAGACAAGGAAGUCUAACAAAGAAGACUCCAUCAUGGAAGAGAUUGCAAAGAAGUAGUAGCAGUUCGUUGUUUAGUGGGCCUACUGGAGAGAUAAAAACCGCAGGGGGGUUCCCCGAUAAUGUCACACGUAAGGAAAACACUCAUGAAGAUCAUCGACGGAGCAGCGUAGGUGCAAUCUUCGUUAAAGAAAACGUACAGCAGAAGGGGCCCAUUGAUCCGAAUACCACCUCGCGUAGGGAAGGGACAAACCAACGGAGCAUCGACCAGGUGCAGCCUCGAAAUGGUGUGGAAGCGAGUGAGAAAGGGAGAGCGAAGGCAAAAUCGGAAAGUGAAGCUGCGAAUGAUAUACUAGAAACAUGCAGCACCAGUUACUCGUUCGAAAAGUGUGAAAUAAAUGAGCAGAAAGGACAAACAAGGAAACCAUACCAGUAUGUACCCCAAGAGGAUUACAAAAUAUGUGAGCCUCAGCGGAGAGGCAGUAGAAACGUGGCAACGGAGUAUGACUCUACAUAUGUAGGAGGUGCAAAUGAAGAGAAGAGAAUCACUAGAAAGGUAUCAAUCCCCCCAAGUGAAGAAAAAAGAAAGGUGCGUCCUAACUGCUACGAUGAAGGACAUAACUCGCCAUUCGCACACGGUGAGGAAAAAAUCGGUAACGGUGGAGCAGACAAGAAAGGCAGCAGAAAUGGAUCCCCCCCCAGAAGGAUGCCCAAUGAUGUGCAUACUAAUACCGAGAUUCACCAGGAACAUCAGCGGAUGGACAGUGAAAAGGUUGUCUCUAAGGAGAAUGUCUCAGGACAUACGCAUCCGUGUAGUGGUAGAAAUCGUGAUGAUCAUUUGGACCCCAUACAUUUUAAUAAGCAACCGAGUGUGGAUUACCAAUUGGUCCAGGGCCCAGGGCGGAAGGAGACCGACUACAUGGAAGGAAACAAUCACGAAGAAACCUUUACAAGGAAUACACAGUACAGUAAAAAUUCAAAUGACCCUUAUGGAGACCCCUACAGAUGCAAGAGUGGUCAAUCGGAUUAUGUGAAAGAAGGUGGAUACUGCUAUGAACAUGUUGGUGAUGAACGCGAAAAGUUUUUACCCAAAUCUAAGGAGAACAACUAUACAUCACACAAGGGUAACAUGGGUGAUUAUCCCUAUGGAAAAUAUUGUAGUAAAGGGAAACGGGAAAACGAGUUUUAUUCUAAUCACUACAAUGAAGUUAGAAGUAACGGGGAAUAUUCGAAGAGUGGUGCAUUAAUUGAAGAUGCAUAUGUCGGUGCAGUUAACGUGGAACAAAACAAGACUGAGGCUCGCGGAGGGAGAGGUAUGCAUCAUAGGGGAGACAAAGACGUACAUGGUGACGGUUUUCAAUCAGAGAGGAACCCAUUAGGGGACAAAAAUUCGUUUGAGAGGAUCGACUCGUUAAACACAAUUCAACCGUACGGAAUGAACCACCCAAGGGAGGACGAAGCAAAGAUGAACACACGUAUGUGUGGAAACGGAAGGGGUACUCAUCCAAGUGACAUACACACGGAAGGAGGUCACCGAAGAAACACAAAAGACAUCGUUGUGAAAAGGAUUAACGAGACAAUAAUGACACCAGACCGUUUGCACAAGCGAACUGAUUCAACCAAACUUGAAAGGACGAAGGACAGGAACACAUAUGAUCAUGCGGGUGAAGAUUUUUCUCAAGAAAGGCCAACACAGGAUUACCCUUAUGGUAGAUGCCAAAGCAGAGAUGCAAAUUAUCCUCAUGAGCAAACCAGGAAAGGGGAGACAUCGCGUCGAAGGGAUAAUGUAGAAAUGAUUUCAACGAACCCCUACCAGUUAAAAAAGAAUGAACAAUUUGAAACAUCCAUGAUCCAACACAAGUACAGUAAAAACGGAACGCAGCGUUAUGAACAUGAGACACAUCAACCGAUUUAUCCCUUUAUGGAAUUGCUGCCACAUGAUAAGGUCCAUUCUGGUAAUUUGGGUAGUCUUGUGAGGGAAGAGGAAUUCGUGAACCGCCUGAUUGAAGAGAAUGUCUGUGAGAAGUAUAGCGCUUUGGGGGGAUGUGAAGGGUACGAGGAGAAGUGGCCCCAAAGAGAGGGGGUCAGUGGGGAUCGUGGCAACGAGAGGUAUGGCCCCAGCUGGAGUCGCGGCGCCGACUACCAUUAUGGCGGGCUUUGUAGAGAGCAUCACGGGGAGAAGCACUAUGAAGAGAAGCACUACGAAGAGAAGCACUACGGCAGCUACCCCACCCCGUACGAAAACUUCGCCGCGCACAGUGUCAUGGGUGGCCCGUUUAACAAAGUAGAAAAAUCGAAAACGAGCGUAAAGAUUGUGGAUCAUAAUUAUGCUUCCAGUGGCGCCCCCUAUGGACCAGAUUUUGAGGCAGUAGUUAUGCAAAAGGGGGCGUAUGUAAAGGCACACACAUCAUACGUGGCCUACGCAGGGGGAGACAAGUGGAAGGGAAACAGUAUGCAGCCGCUUGGAUAUGCACAUCUGGAGGAAAACAAAGAGGCCAUUUAUAACUAUAAGGGGGCACAUUUAAAAUAUGACAUGAAGGGAGAAAUGUAUGAGGGGAAGCAUAUGGGCACUCCUCACGAGUAUGGACAGUGCUUACGGGUGGAUGGAAGAAACAACACUACACUUCCGUACGACUACUACCUCGAUGGAGGUGCGCAACGGUGUAGCAAGUAUGCCCAGGAGGAGUUGCACAGACAAGGCGAAAAUGUAAUAAAGUUUCCACGUGUUGGAGAGUCAAAGGAUGUGGAUGUUCACAUGGACAGAGUAGCACCAGCACCCUCAUGUCACUACGGCAGCAUGAGAAGUGGAAACGACGCGGGGUCAGUACCGCUUCAUUACGAAAUGAAAAGAGAAGAUAACACAAAUGGAUUGGUCCCCCAAAUGGGUGACAACCACACAAAGGAAAAUAAGGCAUGGACCUACAGAGAAGGGAAAAUUGAACUGCCCUUUAGAAAGGCCAACACAAAUUAUGAGCAUUACAAGGUGCUUAGAGAUAUGGGUAGCAACGGUGAUGGUCAUAUAUUUAGACACUCAGAAGGGGACACCGUGGAUAGGGGAGGCAUGUCACGGGGACACUUCCAUGCUGAUCACAAUAUAAAUACCAGCAGUGGAAGAAAUGCACAUUAUAACGAAUUGCUUUACGAACUAUUCAAAGAAAAUAGAGAUAAUCAGGGGAAGGAAAAGAACAGCAAAGUUUUAAAUAAAAUUAUGGACGUCAUGAUAAACAUACAGAAUGAUUUGAAAGAUGUAAAAUGUAAACUGAGCAAGCAGAAGAAGAAAAGUGAUCCCCCGGAGGAGGGAGGAGAUGCUCAAAGUGAGGAUAGCGGCCAACGCAAUAGUAAAAGUAAGGAGCAGCCAAAUGGUCAGCAUGAGGGUCAGUGUAAUAAUAGAGAGAAUAAUGGAAAACGCGGUGGUGAAAAUAACACCCAGUCAAAUUGCCUUGAUAAGGAUCCAGCGCGGCGCUGCUCCCCCUUGAGUAACCCCGAGCAAGAUGCGAGCCUGAUCCCCGUCCUGAAGAACCUCAACUAUGAAGAUGUGAAGGACUCAGCUAUGAGUAAAUCGAAUAGGCUGUACCUGUUCAGCAAGUUUUUCACUUCCGUUUUUUACGAGCAUAGUGUGAAGACACACAAUUUUAUUAUGUUUAAUAUAUACAAUACGGAGCAGAAGAGACAAACCCACAAGGUGUCUCUCUUUCUGGAGAGGGACUACAACGACAUCUACAGUGUGGCCUACAACAACUUACUGUUCUACUCCUUUGAUUGUUACACUUUUUACAAGUACAUAAAGAGUAAAUUCCAAGGCAGUUACAAAAUAUAUGAGAAUUCUACUUUGUGCCUGUACAUACAGAACAAUUACGAGACGAAUUUGAUUAAUCGGCUUUUUAUUGAACAGAACAAUUUGCACAAAAGCACUUUUUGCCUAAAUGAGAAGAGGAUUUUGAAGACCUGCACGAAAUAUGUGGUGGAGUCUUUUCUCUCCCUGCUAGACAAACAGGUUAACAUAAAAAAUGUCAUUCCUUUUAUGAAGAAGAGGAAUUACGAGAUUGACCAGAGAAAUUUGUAUUUUUUCAUUUCGAGGUUUAACCUGAUGGACAAAAUUUUUAGUGACUCGCAUGGAUUCGAGUGCAACAAAAAAGCAUUUGAAAAGUCCGCCCCCAAUGUGAGAAAUUUCGCCGUUUUUUUCAAGUACAUACGGGACGCCUCCAACUUUUAUGAUUCCCUGGUUGGGGAGGAAACGGAGGAGGCGUGUAUUGCGCAAGGUUCCGCGGCACACUCCACCAACGCUGCAGCUGCUGCGGGUACUUCCCCUUCUAGUCGCAGCUACCGUCUUAUCAUCGUGGCCCUGCACAAGGGGAAAUCGUUCCACUACGACAAGGCUCCCUUCAGCAGCUUUAUAAACUCGAAGCAAAGCGAUAUGCAACACUACUACAACAAUUACGACUCGAUGUCUUUCUCCAAUGACGAAGUGGUGCUGUUCAACCUGUCCUAUGCAGUUCCCUUUUACUACAUAGAAUACUACAGGAAUUAG